AAGCCUUCUCUCUCUUCCCCUCAAAAGGAAGAAAAGAAAAAGAGCCUUCCCCUUGUCAAGAAGAAGAGGAAGAAGAAGAAAGCUAAAAGGUCUUCCUUCCGCUUCUAAGGCAACCAACCUCUAGGAGCGGAGUAAAAGAAGAUCUGAAGGUCUCUCGUGCCUUUCCAUCGGAGCGUACGUGUGGCAGAGCGUGAGAAGUCGGCCGGUCAGCAUGAGCAGGCAGGAUAUCCUGAAGGUCCAGACCCUGGAGCUCAAAGUUCCCAUCCACUGCGAGGGCUGCCUCAAAAAAGUGAAGAAGAUUGUUCAAAAAAUUGAUGGUGUGUACCAGAGCAGCGUCGACGCAGCGCUGGGGAAGGUGACGGUCACCGGCCUGAUGGACCCAGAGACCGUCAUCACCAAGAUCCACAAGUCCGGCAAGCCGGUGCGCGUCUGGGGAGAGAAGCCUGGCGUUCCCCUGGAGGUCCAGCUCCAGAACCUCAAGCUUGGCAGCGAUGGGAACGGGAAGGGCCAGCAGCAGCCCAAGGAUGACGGCGGCAAGGGCCAGCAGCAGCUGCAACAACAGCCCAAGGAUGCCGGCGGCAAGGACCAUGGCCAGGGCAAGCAGCCCAAGGGUGGAGCGGGCGGUGGUGGCGCCGCUGCCGGCGGUGCGAAGGAGGCGAAGAUGGUGGCACCGCCGCCGCACCCGCAGCCGACGCCGCAGCGCUUCGAGCAGAUGACGACGCUCCUACCCAUACCCAUGGGCGCCGGCAAGAUGCCGAUGCCGAUGCCGAUGCCGUUCCCGGCGGCAGCGCCGCCAGCGAAGGCCGUGGCGGCCAAGGACCCGAGGACAGUGAAGUUCGACCUCCCCGGGGGCGACGAGUUCGGGGACGACGACAGCAGCGGGUUCGGCGACGAGUACGACGACGUCGAUUUCGAGGAUGAGGACGAUGACCUCGACGACGACAUGUUCGACGACGAUGACCCCGCGAUGAUGACAAGGCCUAUGGGCAUGCCACCGGCCGCCGGCGGUGGCGACAAGAAGGCUGGUGGCGGCCACGGCAACGGCGGAGGCAAUGGCGCCGGCGGCAAGAAGGGUGGCGGUGGCGGCGCGCAGCAGCCGCCGAAGAACGGCCUGGGCGGAGAGAACCAGCCCAGGCAGGGCAAGAAGGGCGGCGGCCCCGCCGACGCUGGUCUCGGCGGGCCCAUGAUGGCCGGCGGCGCUCCGCCGAUGAUGAUGAGGCCGCCCGGCCACAUGAUGGGCGCGGGUGACGGCGCCAGGUUCCCCGCCAUGGUCCAGAUGGGCGGUGGCGGACCCCUGGUCAGCAUGCCUAUGGGCCACCCCCAUAUGGUUGGCGCCGGUGCGCACGGCAAGCCGGCUGGUGGCAUGCCGAUGGGCCUUCCCCACAUGGGUGUCCCCGGCAUACAGCCGAGCGGCGGCGGCGGCGGCGCGCAUGGCAAGCCGGCUGGCGGCCUGCCAAUGGGCGGCCACCCCUACUACAUGGGUGGCGUGGGCAUGCCAAUGGGCAACCACCACCACACCCACCAUGGCCACGGCGGCCAGGGGUAUCCGCCGCCGCCGCCGAGCUACGGGUACGGGUACGGGCGCCCGGCGAUGCCGUCGUACCCGCCGAUGCCGCAGUACCCACCGCCAGCGCCGUACUACUACGCGAUCCCUCCGCAGCGUCACCCGCACGACAACAUGUUCAGCGACGAGAACCCCAACGCGUGCUCGGUGAUGUGAGCUGUGGAGGUCGGUCGCCGGGGUAGGAGAGGAGAGUUCAGGUCUCGUCGGAGGAGAUCGCCGUGGCUGGAUGGGAGAGUGGAUGCAUUGCAUUGCAUAUAGGAUAAACCUAUAUUAUUAUAGGUUGCUUCUUAUAGGAGAUUAGAAAAUCGGUAAAAGAGUGGAUGCAUUGCAAUAUUAUUGCAUAGGAUAAACCUAUAUGUUUCUAGUACUCUGAUGCUUUUGCACAUUUAUAUC